AGAUUUGCCCUGGAUUUAUGAAAAAUACAUUUUUUAGCAAUAUUUCUGUUCACUGAAAAUUUGUUACCCUGCUUCACUGUGUGCCUCAUGUAGUUCCUUCCCCAUCAGCCCCCAGUGUCCUCUGGAACAGCGAGUGCUGUGAGUCAGGCUAGACUGGGGGUUCCAGUCUCAAUCCACACUCCCCAGAAGCUCAGCGGUGGCAGGAUCCAGGGGGUCAAUUUCAGCCUGCUUCUUGGUUAUUUGGAACAAGUGGCAGAAGUAGGCAGAGUCCCCUUGCUCACCCCAGUUCGCAGACGGUUUCUCCACCAGGCUGACUGACGGCCGUCUGUGCCUUUUGGCUGAUCUCUGCGCUGGAGCAGGUUGCCUGGUUGCUCAGCCAGAGGGAUUGUGAUGGACAGCCCUGGGCAGAGCAGGGGUGUUGCCACCUCCUGAGGUUUUUCUGGCUGGAGUUUAUAAAUUGUCUCUCAUUAGUCAGCAGGGGUUUGCUCAGGAAAGUGACACGGUCAAGACAAGAGCAGCUGCCAGGGACUGCAGCUUCAUCCAGCUGUUCCCUGCAAGGGGCACCCACGCGCACUGGAGAGAACAGAACGACAGGGCCAGCUGCAGCCGAGCUCCGCUUGACAAGGCACGUCAGCGUUGCUAUGACCUCCAACUCCAGUGCAGGGAACAGCUCCAGCUCUGUGCUGAGUGAUCUCUUCCUCCUCCAAUCCAGGAGGUUCUUUGCUUCCAUCUACUUUCUCAUUUUCCUGCUGGGCAUGCCUGGGAAUGUCCUGCUGCUCCUGGUCCUGAUCCCAGACCUCAUGAGGACUGGUGCCAGCCAUGUCUCCCGCCUGACUGGGCCCCUGCUGGUCAAUAUUGCUCUCCUGGACCUCCUCUUCUUCCUCUAUGUCGUUCCGGUGAUGUUUGGCAAUGUGCUCUUCGAGGGCUGGCCCUUGGGGUACGUGGUGUGCGUCACCUACAACAGCCUGUCCCUCUCCAUCAUCUUUGCCGAUUUCUACUGCCUCCUGGCAGUCUCCCUGCUGCGCUACGUGGCUGUGAUCCACCCCACACGCACCAUGGCUGUGUCCCAGAGGCUCAUCGCCUGGGCCUGCGUGUUUAUAUGGACGCUUGGCUUCCUCUUCUCCAUCCCCUUAUGGAUUCACUACACAACAGUGGAGGUGGAGGGGGAGACGUACUGCGUGAACCAAAUGCCCAAGCAGCAACUGACUCUUUACUUCAGGCUCCUGGGGGGCUUGGCAUUUCUCCCCCCCAUGCUACUGAUGAUCCUCUGCUACUCCAGCAUCAUCUUCACUCUGUGGGUUAGGAGGGGGCUGGCUGUCCACACGGCCUCCACCCUCCAGGUUAACAGGCGUGCCACGGUCAUGGCUCUGGUCACCGUGAUGACCUUUGUGGUUAUGUGGGUGCCCUACUGGCUGGUGGUUUUCCUCACGAAGGAUGAUGAGUUGCUCACCACAGGCCCCAUGUAUUUGGCAUCCAACCUGACCACCUUGCUGGCCUACGCCAACCGCUGCGUCAACCCCAUCAUCUGCUUCAGCCUCUCCAGCCAGUAUCAGGCUGGGCUGAGGAAGCUUGUGAGGCGGACGGGGUGCUGCCGCGAGCCAGCGUGCUCCAAGGACAUGGUCAGGAUGGAAACUGCAGGUGGCGAGGGAGGAGCGCUGUAGGGGCUGAUGGGGCUGGGCGGAGCUGGGAUGAGGAAGGCAUGGAGAAGUCUGACGUUCUCCAUCCUGGUUACGUGUGACCAUGCCUGUUCCAGGCUGAUCCCUGUUCUUUUCUCAUGUGCCUGGGCCACACAUAGAGGGGAUGAACUGGGCCUCAUGACUCAAGCAUGAGCCUCUAUUGCCUGUAGAGCAAGAGGUCCCAAGUUCAGUCCCCAUGGCUGCUGGGUGUGCAAUAUUGCAUACACCGGAUUAGCUCUUCAGCCCCUGUCCCGGGGCAGGGGCACCCCAGACUGGGCCAUUCCCACAGGGCUCCGUAGACACCCAGCCUCCCAGAGGCGGUGAAGAAGCCAGCAGGGUGGGCAGCCUGACUGGCUGAGAACCAAGCACAUCCCAUUGCAUGGGUUAAGCUGCUGCUUCAACCUUGCUUGGCUGUCUUGGUUCUAGACAGGAAGCUCCAUGGGGCCGCAGUGGUGAUACUCUCACAGGUUUGUACAUCACCAGGCAUGCGAGCCCAGCCUGGCUUGAGCAGAGCAGAGGGGCUGGAUACAGCAAUAGGUGAUGGGCUCUCUGGGCUGCACGCUGCAGGAGCUCAGCUGCCGAUUGUCACAGUCCUGGCAGGCCUUAAAAUCUGAUUCUUUAGGUGUUAUUGCAACAUGGCGUUACCAGUAAAUCAGGGGCCUAGACUGCCCUCACAGGGAGAGGCUGUUUCAUCUGGUCCUUAGCACGUGUUACGGUAGCACCCAGGAGCCCCGUGUGCCAGGCCUGGUACGAGUGCAGAACACACCGUCAGCUCAUCGUGGCAGGCGCUAGCGAGGUAAACUAGUAGCUCCCCCAGCC